UUGGACGGUACCUUUAAAAUCGUCCCAAGACAGUUCGAUGACAAGGGUCAACUCCUUACAUUAAUGGUGCUUGACCAAACAACGAAUGAAUACAUUCCUGUUGUCCACAUUCUUAUGAAAUCUCGGACAGCAGAAGCGUAUACAACCGCAUUUUCCGCAUUAAUUUCAAUAAUUGGGUUCAACAAUUUCAAAACUGUUUACGUAGAUUUUGAAAUCGCACUUUACAAAUCCAUUAAAUUAUUUUGUCCAAACGCAAAGGUUACUGGCUGCUUAUUUCAUUAUCGCCAAGCAUUAAUUCGCAAAAUAAAAGAAUUAUACCCGAAACAAGAGAUACCAAAAGAGAUUUUUACACUUUACCAAAUUUAUUCCUCAUUACCUUUCGUCGAAAAAGACUCAUUUUAUCAAAUACUUAAAUUAAUCGAUGAGUCAUCCUCAGAAAUUGCAAAGCCGUUCGUAAAUUACUAUAAAAAAGUAUGGAAGAAAGAUUAUGAGUUCAUUAACCAAUUAGAUUCAGAGGAUGAUAUCUACACAAAUAAUGCUCUUGAAUCCUUCCAUUCUUUGCUUUCGAAAGAAUUAGAAAAUGCCCAUCCUAGCCUCGAAAUAAUGAUUGCAAUCUUAAUGAAAGUCGAUAAACACUUGUUGGAUAAACAAUUACUCAGUACAAAACCAGCAAAACAUCCUGUCAAUUAUACAAAGUCCACAGCAAAUAUUAAAAAAGCAAUUACAAAUUAUUUAUCCGAAACAAAUCGAAAUUCCAAGAAAAAUCAAAUCAAACUUAAAGAAUUUCAACAGUCAAAUCAAGUAA